AUGUCCCGAAGAUCAUCUAGGCCUGCUUCUCAUGCUGGAUCUUGGUAUUCAGCCAGUGCAAAAGAGUUAACUUCCCAGCUCAAUAAAUGGCUCGAUGGAGCUGGACCUCGCAUAGGAACAGCGAGAGCUAUAAUUUCUCCACAUGCUGGGUAUUCAUAUUCGGGGGAAGUUGCUGGGCACGCUUUCAAACAAAUAGAUCCUAAUACUGUUGAUCGUGUAAUAAUUCUUGGCCCAUCUCAUGUUGUGUCCCUUCAUGGAUGUGCUAUAACAUCAUGUGAUAAGUAUAAGUCCCCGAUCGGUGAUGUAGCUGUUGAUACACGAGUGAACGAAGAAUUGUUAGCUACCCGUCAGUUCGAAGUCAUGGAUAAGAACUAUGAAGAGACAGAACACAGCAUUGAAAUGCAAAUUCCAUUCUUGGUCAGAGUUAUGGAGGGGAAGCCAUUCAAAAUUGUUCCAAUAUUGGUGGGUAAUCUACGUGACAAUGCGACAAAGAUUUCUUAUGGAAAAAUAUUUGGUGCUCUGAUGGAGAAUCCCAGAAAUAUCUUCGUUGUCUCUUCUGACUUCUGUCAUUGGGGGAAUCGUUUUGAUUAUUGCCAUCAUUCAUCUAGCAAUGGAAUGCCUAUAUAUGAUCAAAUUGCUCACUUGGAUAGAGAGGGAAUGAACGCUAUCGAAACUCUUAAUCCACAUGUGUUCUCUGAAUACCUCAAAAAGACCAGAAAUACAAUAUGUGGACGGAAUCCUAUCACGAUUAUGCUUCAUGCUGCUGAUCAUUUCCGUCUCAUCAACAACCACACCCACGAGUUUCGAUUCAUCAAAUACGCUCAAUCGAACAAGGUUCGAUCCCUAGGUGAUUCGUCCGUUUCUUAUGCUGCAGGUGCCUUAUUUGUGCAUCCAAAGUAA